AUGGCUCUCUACCAGCAACCCCAAAACCCGUAUGGGGCCCCGUCCCUCGUCAUCGAGCCGACCCAGAGCUACCUCUACCAUCUCCGAUCAAUGGCCCAUCGGAAAGACAUCCUCAUCAAGAGCGGCUUCAUCCUCAAUCCACUGUCUGAGAGAGAUAUUGACGAUAAGAAGCGAUGCCGCAGAUGCAACCUCCGCUGCUCCAACAACAGGAACAAAUUCAAAUCGAAUGGGAAAGGGCCACACGCCGAUGCGAAGUCCUCAUCGGUUCAGCCCAAGACCAAAACGUUCACCAGAUCUUCUUCCAUAGCCGACGAGGAGCCCGAGGGCGCAAAAGGGGACGAGAAGCCCGCAAAGCCGGUCCUUAAGUGUCAGUAUCACACCGGCCGCGUCAUAAAUAUGCGCUGGAACUGCUGCAGAGUCCACGUUUCCGAGCCAGGCUGCACGUACGCUCCAGAGCACCUCGUCCGGAACUAUCCCUCGGGUGAAAUCCACGACCGUCACCAAUUCCACAAAACCCCGACUCACGCCCUCCUGGACCUGGGAACUGACACCGUGCCGUCCGCUCAGAGGGCACCGCGUCUCGCCGUCGCCAUGGACUGCGAAAUGGGCGUGGCCUACGACGGAGAAUCUGAGCUCAUCCGCGUCACCCUCGUCGACUACUUCACAUCAGAGAUCCUCCUCGACAGCCUCGUCUACCCGCAGGUUCGCAUGGCGCACUACAACACGCGCUUCUCGGGUGUCUCCCGCCAAGACAUGCAGGCUGCGCGAUCAAAGGGCAAGUGUAUCACUGGCGGGCUGGCCAACGUCAGGGCCGCCGUGUGGGAGUGGGUGAGCGCCGAGACCAUUGUCGUCGGACACGCCGUCCACAACGACCUCGCAUCACUGCGAUGGAUUCACCCCAAGGUGGUGGACUCCUUGAUUCUCGCUACUAACGUGCGGGCCGAAACUGAGAGACUGGAAGCGGAGGAGGAGGAGGAGAGAGCCAAUAAGGAGGCCGAGAAAGCUGCCGCUGAGGCUGCUGCUGAAGCCGUCGCCGAAGGCGGCGUCAACUUGGAGGAAGAAGACCUAAUCUCAUUUGAUAAGCCCGAAUCCUUGGAAAAGACCGACGAGGGAGGAGGUCUCGCCAAGAGGAAGCCCCAGAAGCGCAAGGCCGGCGGGCUCUCCCUCAAGGCGCUGACAUCCGAGAUGCUUGGUCGUGACAUCCAAAAGGGUAGGGUCGGUCACGACAGCCUGGAAGAUGCCUUGGCGUCGAGGGAUCUGGUGCACUGCUUCGUGGCCAAGAAGCUUGCGGAGUCGGUCCAGGACGGCGGACCGAUCAUUCCUGGCUUCUGGUAA